CUGACGGGACCUAGGCGGCGGGAGUCGGGCUUAUCUGCCCGUUGGCGGCACCCGGGGAGUCGCGCACGUUGUGUGGGGAACAUGGCGGACGCCAACGUUGUUCAGCUGAAGAAGCAUAAGAAGAAAAAGGACCGAAAGUCGCUACCUGAAGAAGAUGUAGCUGAAAUACAACAUGCUGAGGAAUUCCUUAUAAAACCUGAAUCCAAAGUGGCUCUAUUGGACACCUCACAGUGGCCCCUCCUGUUAAAGAAUUUCGAUAAGCUGAAUGUCAGGACAACACACUACACCCCUCUUCCUUCUGGUUCAAACCCUCUGAAGAGGGAAAUCGCCGACUACAUCAGGACAGGUUUCAUUAACCUGGACAAGCCCUCCAACCCGUCUUCACAUGAAGUAGUGGCUUGGAUCCGGCGGAUACUUCGUGUAGAGAAAACAGGACACAGUGGGACACUGGACCCCAAGGUGACCGGCUGUCUGAUCGUGUGCAUCGAGCGAGCCACCCGCCUGGUGAAAUCUCAGCAGAGCGCAGGCAAAGAGUAUGUGGGGAUUGUUCGGCUGCACAAUGCUAUUGAAGGGGGUGCCCAGCUUUCUAGGGCCCUAGAAACACUGACUGGCGCCCUGUUCCAGCGACCCCCACUCAUCGCUGCAGUGAAGCGGCAGCUCCGAGUCCGGACUGUCUACGAGAGCAAGUUGAUAGAGUAUGAUCCCCAGAGGAGAUUAGGGAUCUUUUGGGUGAGCUGUGAGGCUGGCACCUACAUCCGGACACUGUGUGUGCACCUUGGCUUGUUACUGGGAGUUGGAGGGCAGAUGCAGGAGCUCCGCCGGGUUCGUUCUGGUGUGAUGAGUGAAAAGGAUCACAUGGUGACGAUGCACGAUGUCCUGGACGCCCAGUGGCUGUAUGAUAAUCACAAGGAUGAGAGCUACCUGCGGCGAGUUGUAUACCCGCUGGAAAAGCUGUUAACGUCUCACAAGAGGAUGGUUAUGAAGGACAGUGCGGUGAACGCAAUUUGCUACGGAGCCAAGAUCCUGCUGCCAGGUGUCCUGCGGUACGAGGAUGGCAUUGAACUCAACCAGGAGAUUGUUGUCAUCACCACCAAGGGGGAAGCUAUCUGUAUGGCCAUUGCCUUGAUGACCACUGCCGUCAUCUCCACCUGUGACCAUGGCAUAGUGGCCAAGAUCAAAAGGGUUAUCAUGGAGCGAGACACUUACCCUCGGAAGUGGGGUCUUGGGCCCAAGGCAACUGAGAAGAAGAUGAUGAUCAAGCAGGGCCUCCUGGACAAGCACGGGAAGGCCACGGCCAGCACGCCCUCGGCAUGGGUGCGGGACUACGUGGACUACAGGGACUCCGGGAAGGGGGUGGUUUUGACUAAUGUGAAGAAAAUCCCACACGCGGCGGCGGCAGCUACUGCUACACCUGGGCAGACCACCAAGCGGAAGCGAGAGAGUGAGACUGAGAGUGACAAAGAGACCCCGCCAGCUGCUCCCCAGCUGCUCAAGAAAGAAAAGAAGAAGAGUAAAAAGGACAAAAAGGCCAAAGCUGCUGCUCCAAGUGAAAGCGAGCUGGGCCAGGUAGAAAGUGACACAACCAAAAAGAAGAAAAAGAAGAAAGCCAAAGAAGUACCCGCUGCUUUGUGAGAUGUGGCCUCGGGGAGAAUAACUAAAGCCUUACUGAGAAACCGAAUUCCAUCAGUGGUUGAGGGCCGGCAGUUGGCAACCCCCUGGAGCCCGCUGCCCAUGUUGUCCUGUUUUAAGGGCCUGGGUUUCACUGGUUAGUGGCCAGCAGCCGACUUUCAGAUCGGUGACCAUCCAGCUGUUUUGUAAUUGCUGUUCUGAUACAAAUCGUAUGGUUUGCUCUUUGCCUUCCUGCUUAACUUAAACCUGUGUACCGCUCCUGCUCAGUGAGAUGGACCAGAACCCGGAAUCACUCCCUAAAGUGUUUAAUGCACGUUGUCCACUGCAGCCACCCUUUUCCCAAAGGUCAUGAAGAUACCAGGUCUCUUUUCUGGUAUGGGCCUGGCAAGGAAUUUGGGCUGUCUCCAGUGUGCACGGGCAGUGUUGUCCUGGCCCUGCCUGCCCACUUUGUGCGUGUGUGUGUGUGUGUGUGUGUUUCAGUGUCCUCUUGUGUAUGGUAGCCCUAGUGUACUUUUGGUGUUGUGUGUGAGCCCAUCGUUGUAGCUGCUGUGUCAACCCACCUCAUCCAGGGGCUGCUGUUUUUUUCGUUGACCCUCUACCAAGCAUGUCCAUCUCAAGGGAGUGGUCUGCCAUUUUCACAAUAUGUAAGGUAAAGGCUCCCCAUCCUCCCUUCUAGGAGCAGUCUGGCUGUUCUACUUUGGGGACUGAUAAGCUUGUUCUUCUAUCAGUCUAUUCACUCACUGCCGAGUCAAUGCUGGCUCACGGUGACAUUCCCCGGUGGGUUUCCCAGACUAACUGUUGGCGUGAGUGGAAAGCCAUCUCUCCCCCUUGUGGAACCACCACAGGGCCUGAGGCGCACAACACAAUUCCAAUGCACCAAUUUUGCAAUCUUUUUCCUUGUUCAUUGUCAACUUUAACGUGCAUACGUGAUGAUUAAAAGGCCAUUGCUUGGGUCAGGUGCACCCGAUUCUCCAACCUGCCAUUUGCUUUCCUGUUAAACCCACGGGCAGUGAUUGUGGAUCAAAGGAAAACUAGAUACUUAUACACCUUUUGUCUCAGCCUAUAUGAGUUCCCACAGGCUACACUUGAAAUUUGGUUUGGGGGAUUUUUUUCUUAGUACUUGUUACUGUUAGUAAUCUGUAUUCAGUGUGGCAGCAUGUAAUUUGAUGCUAUAAAUCUGGUUUUCAAUGCUGUUAUUAGACACCGAUAACAGGCAAUAGAAAAGACCAACUCAUGUUUUCCACCGAAGCUUCAGAGUUUUAAAAGGAUGGGAAGGGCACUAUUAAUUUUUACUUAUUAAAGUUGACUUAUUUUAUAAAUA